GUGGCAGUGGAAGGCGAGCGAUUAAGGCGGCUACGAGAACGCGUAGAAGCGCAGGAGUUGAAGCUACGGCGGCUACGCGCGCUACGGGGCCAGCUAGACCGAAACAAGCAAGCGAAUAUCGCACUUACCAGCGACCUCGAGUCGAUCAGAGCGCUGUUCAAUGAGAAGGAGAAAGAACUAUCCGUGGCGGUGGCCAAGGUGGAGGAGCUGACGAGGCAGCUGGAAGAGCUGAGAAGAGGGAGGGUGCAGCCGGCGCCACCUUCAGCUCAUGAGCUGGACAAGCUGAGGCGGGAGCUUAUGUAUCGUAACAAGCUGAACGAACAGCAGAACGGCAGGCUGUCGGCUCAAAGGGCGGCGUUGGGAGCGCGGCAGGAGGAGAUGCGCAGUAUCGACCGCCGCGUUUCUGAACUGCAGGCGCGAUUGUUGAGGAAGCGAGCGCUGAACAGACAGCUGGCGGCGGCACAUAGGCAUCCACAGCAGCAACCGCAGCAGCAGCAGCAACAGCAGAGAACCACCAAUCCCACGCCGAUGCAGCAGCUGCCCACAUAUUCAGCCGGCGCUCAGCAACCGAGGAACCAGCACGCUCGCGGUAACGUGGCCGCCGUGGAGCCCUACAACCAUGUACCGCACGCGCAGAGCGUCAGCCACAACAACCAUUUCCAGGAUCAGGACUCGAAACUCAUCCAGUUGCAGCAAGGGGUGAGACAGGGAGAUGUCAUAUCUCCGAUACUGUUCAACACCGCCCUGGAAGAUGUUUUCAAGCUUCUGAACUGGAGUGGAUUCAGCAUAAAUAUCAACGAGUAA